AUGACGUUUGUGCUUGAUGCAUUUGCUCAGGAAAAAGAUGCCACUGGAGUUGACCAAGUGCAUUUUGUUUCUCUGCAGGUUAUCCAGGCUGUCUUUUUUGGGAUCUGUGUAUUGACUGAUCUCUCCAGUCUCCUCACCAAAGGAAAUGACAACCAAGAACAAGAAAGACAGUUAAAAAAGCUCAUUUCUCUCCGUGACUGGAUGAUGGCUGUUUUAGCUUUCCCUGUUGGAGUUUUUGUUGUGACAAUGUUUUGGAGCAUCUAUAUCUAUGACAGAGAGCUGGUUUACCCAAAGCUGCUUGAUAAUUUUAUACCAGCCUGGCUUAAUCAUGGGAUGCAUACAACAGUUUUGCCCUUUGUAUUAAUCGAGAUGAGAACAGCACAUCAUCGGUAUCCCAGCAGGAGCAGUGGACUGGCUGCAGUGUGCACCUUCUCCAUUGGCUAUAUUUUAUGGGUGUGCUGGAUUCAUCAUGUAACAGGAGUCUGGGUGUACCCUCUCUUGGAAUACAUAAGCCCAGGUGCCAAAAUCAUCUUCUUUGCAACUGUCACCAUAAUCAUUAAUGUGUUCUACUUGCUGGGAGAGGUUCUGAAUAAUUACAUCUGGGAUACACAAAAAUGUACGGAAGAAGGAAAAGAAAAGCCUAAAUUGGACUGAGCAUUAAAUACCCACAGGCAGAGAUUGCCUGUUAUUCCAUAGAAGAUUUCUCAACACCAACAGAGGUUGGCUUGGAGAAGAAUCUUUUGGCAAGCUGUUUAUACGGACCCUGUACUCAGGGCAAGGAUCAUCGUCUUUUUAUAUAGGUAGAAAGUACUUUUAGCUAAUAACACUAACCAUGUUUUAAUCCCCCUUUUUCCUAUACUCGCAUGUGCUGUGUAUUCUAAGAUCUAUAUUAUCUCGAAAACAUUUUCAACAAGUAUUACAACCUAUGUCAAUGUAAAUGCCUUUUAAUUUAUUAUGAGAGAAUGAGUCAAUUCUUUGUAUUGCUUGGAAAGAAGUUAAGCAGAUUGGCCUGAUUUGGGUAAAUAUGAUAAUCCUUUAUAUUUCAAAGUGCACUCUAAAGCUUUAUUAAAAGAUAGCAACAUAAAUUUACCUGAAAGAAGAAUCCAAUCAAACUUCAUUAUUUAAUGUAACUGUAUAUAGUGGGUAGGCAAUACUAAGAGUUAUAUCAAUUAAUUGCAAUUAAAGAUUAUCUGUAAAUGAUGGAACUUUUGUUAAAUGCAAGAACACAUAAAUAAAGAUCAAAGUAUCCCCAGGAUUCUGUUUCUGGGUACUGCUUUGGAGAAGAUGUGUUGAUUGUGUAUAUAUAUUCUAUUUCUAGUUUUUGUGAGUUGAGCUGUCAAUGACAGCAUUAUUUCCAUUCUAUGGUUUUGGGGGGCGGGUUUCCUGUGACUUUGACUAUAAAAGUAGCUGUGUUAUGUAAGCAAUAUCAUGUACAAAAGGAUUGAAAAAGACCUGACCCUGGGACCUUCAUUCAUAACAGUUAACAUUGUACCAAAGAGAAAACACUCAGGCCCCAAUUCAAGAAAGCCCUUAAUAUGGGUGGAUCUAGGAUUUUGAAAAGGGGGAUGGGUGCACGGGGUGUGGGACAUCAUCACAUACAGCAGAACACAAUUUUUUCUCCAGGUAAAAAGAAAGUAAACUCUUUACUAAUGUGGUAGGAGGUUAGCAAUAUAUUAUUCAGUUUAAGAUCAAAGCAAAAAUAUGUAACUAUUGAAAUGUUUGCUAGAGCAGGGGUGUUCAACCUGACUCCCGGGCCAAAUGCAACUUAGGGAGCCAUUGCAUCUGGCCCACAGGGCUUCCCAGGGGUUGGCAAAUUUGGUGGUGGAGGAGCAGUGGCUAUUAAUGCAGCCACCGCCCCUGCUAAACUCCCAAACCCCAAGCCCCAUGAGCCUGGUCUGAGCCAAGCCAUACCCCUUUCCACCCAUGGGGCCUAGUGGCAGAUUAACAUUUAUUGGGGCCCUAGGCAAAAAGAAAAUUGAAGACCCCCACCAGGUGAGGACAGGUUCCCACUGUGCCUGCCAGGGGGCUGCAGCUCGGCCCUCCCAGCCUCUUUAGUGCAUCCGGGACAAGCCAGGUGGCAUGAGUACCACAGAGGUGAAGGUGGCCCCAGCCCCAGUCCAGCCCCUCUGAAAAGCAGGUGUCCACAGCAGGGGCUGUGCCCCCCGCCAGUGCCAUGGGAUGGGCUGGGGAUGGCGCCAGCUUGUGGGGGAGAGGCAUGAGCUCUGCCCCUAGCUGCCCACCUGCCCCUCUGCUGGCCUGGGCAAGGCAGGGCAGGAUUGAGCUGCCCAGUGCUGUCCCAGUGACGCUGGUGCCAGUGGCCACCUGCAGAUGGCAAGGAGCAGGAACAGGGACACGCAUGGGGCCUCCUGGCAGUAGACAGCCCUGGGAUAUCACCACUGCCUGCAGGGAGCCCUGUGCCUGCCCCCAGCCCCUGGCUCUGGCCUGGCUGAAGGGGAGGAGGUGCGCGCUGCCUGUCCCAGAUGCCCACAGCCAGGAUGCCCACCCAGGUCGUGCUGCCCCUGGCAUCCCAGGGGGACCCUGAUUGGUAGGGGCCCCUGGGCCCAGAUCCCAAAGGCCCAUGCAUUAAUCUGCCCCUGAUGGGGCCACAUUGCAACUGGGCCACACUCCCUUACCUCUGCAGGACAGAGAUAUGCCCCCUUUUCCCCAGUGGGGCUGAGUUGGGGCUGGGUCAUGCCCCCUUCCCUACUUGCAGAGCUGGGUCAAGCCCCUUUCUCCCUGCAAGGCUGAGCCAUGCCCCCUUCACCCUCCUGGCCAGGUCACAUCCUUCCCCUUCCCCUUCCCCUCCCCCUCCUCUGUCUCCCACACCCCCAUGUGGCCUCCUUCCCACACUUGUGGGGCUGGGCUGAGGCUGGGCUGCCUCCCUACUGUCUCCAUGUGGCCAGAUAGUGCCCACUGCACCAGCCCCAGGUGCUGGAUCAGAACGACCAUCCAGCCCACUAGGGAAAAAGGUUGAGCACCAAUGUGAUAGAGUAUAUAUGAAGUUGUAGAAAGCACAACAAACUAGGCAAUAAAUUCAAAGGAUAUUAUAUCAUUAGUCCACUAGAUUAAUCAGACAAACUCUGCCCUUCUUGAGUGUCUUGACAGUGCCUCCAGUAUUUCAAUGUCAGUCAUUUCUAUGCCUGACUUAAUAUUACCACACACCUAAGUUAAGGUUUUUAGCUAGAGCUAAAAACAGUCUGCAGGGCUGUAAAAUAGGAGGGGGACAUUAGCAGGAAGAGCUAACAAAAGAGAGAAUGGUUUGAAUAGUGAACCAUCAAGACCAUUUAAAAAGGAGAGAGGGUUGUUAACACCUGUGGAGUGGAGAGAAAUUAAUGGGAAUUAGGGAGAUGAUAAUAACCCAUGAAGUCAAUUGACUCUCUCAGCACUAUCUGAAUAGAAAUGUUGCUGCCCCUCCUGUGUAGUUGGUUUUUGCUUGGGUGGAGCAGGAGUCAGAGUGGGGUGCAACUGCACCCGCCCUCCUCAUCCUCAUUAUCUGCUAGCUCUUCAGCAGACACAUAAAGUUAAGCACAUGCUAAGGUGUAUUCAAGUGUUGACUGCUGCCUUCUAAACUGAGAUUUACUGAAUUCUAUUUGAUUUUCUGAUAAUUAAAAGGGAAAUGUCACUGCUGUGAAAAGCAGUAGGAAUUAAAAAAAAAAGUCAACAGAAUUAUUAUUAAUAAUAAGAGCUUCUUAUGAAAAAGUAAUUUAACAAGUACACAUGCCUGGAUGUUCAGCUCACAUAUACUUUACAUCUAUACUAAACUUUACAUAUAUACAAAUAUGUUUUUGUAAAGCAUUUUGCACAUGCGAUGUUACACAUGUUAUUUUAAUUAAAGGGACAUUGUCUAGGUUUGAUUUAGUUUAAUAGUGGCCUUCCUCUAGCACUAGAAGUUUGCUUGUGUAAAUUGUGGAUUUAACUGCAAAACCUGCUGUGCAGUUUUCAGGGUGAUUUACUGUCAAUGCAUUGGUGGCUGUACGUCCUAAUAUGACAGUUGGGGGGGUGAUUGUUGGUGUUUUCUAAUAAAGAUUUUGG